UUCAAUUAGAAAAGAAAGAAGGAACAGCAGUGUCAAAAGGGAAUCAGUGGCAAUCGGACGCGCUGGUGGUGCGCAAUAACUAUCUAUCGUUAAAAAUUGUAAAGCCAAGACCCUCAUACGAUGACUACCCUAACCAAUCGAACUGAAUCGGCGUUAUGUGUAAUUUCGAUGAACCUUCUAUCUUCCCAACAACCUGCUCAAAAACAAACUUUUCGGGAAACCAUUUUGAUUCUUUUCCGUUGGAAGGGAAGUAUUUACAAGACGAUCUGGAAGCAGAUGUUGGUGUACUGCGUUCUUUUCUAUUCCUUGACAAUAGUUUACAAGGUUGGUCUUGACGAAGAAGGCAAAAUAGCAUUCAGGGCGCUGGCCAAAUAUUUUUCCAAACAAACGGGUUCCCUAAAUCUCAUGAUAAUGUUGGGGUUCUUUACGACAACAGCCAUGCAACGUCUAUUCACGAUGCACACAGCUAUGCCUGGCACGGCUAAACUCAUCUCAUUUUUCCUGAUGUCAAUCAAGCAAGAUUUACCUGAAGGUCCCGUUCUUGUUGAGCAGUUCGCACGGUGGGCGGUCCUUUCUUGGGUACUAACUUAUCGUAUCGUCAGCAAACCGCUUCGGGAUUUAUUUCCGGACAUGGUAUCACUUCAAAGAGCAGGUUUGAUUCGAGAGAACGAGAGGUAUCUUCUAGACAGGGUAGAGCCCAUUGCCGCAAACACGACCCCACGCCCUCUACUGCCCAUCGACUGGAUGCUUUUGUUGGCAAGGGAUUGUGCAACUGAAAAUCGUUACCCCGAUAAAGGCAAUUACGUCAAACUCCUUGAUUUUAUCUUGGGCUUCAAGAAAAGCUGUGGCAACACAAUAAAGUUUGCAACCAAAAAUCUUCCUCACGCUCUCAUUCAGGCUGCGAUAAUAUUCGUCUACGUUUAUGGACUGAUCACGCUGAUGUCGCGUAAUUUUGAUGGAGCAGAGAAGGACGUGUUUUUGGAAGGAUUUGUAAGUUACGUCCCCGCAAUGCCCAGCUUACAGUUUUUCAUUUUCCUCAUUUGGCUUAAUUUUGGCCGUACCGCUGUCAAUCCCUUUGGUAGCGAUGACGACGAUAUCGACGUCCAACAACUGUUAAAAACUCACGUUCAGGAUUCCCUUCGGUUGGCAAGCCUCUAUAAUAAAGAAUUGGAUGACAUUUUUGACAACAUGCCAUAGAAAAUCUAAAGUCAAUUCCACAUUCAAAUUCGCCAUCAUCCAAAAAUCGUUAUCGUCCAAAUUGCGCUACUAACACAACACACACACAGAAUAGUGUUGUCUGCAGUGCAGGUAGCCUAUGCAGAUGAAAUAGAUUAUUACAAUACCGACAAAGUGGUGUUUUACCCGACAAAAGCAUCUCUAAUUAAUCACAUUAAUCACUUUCAUUCGUAAUUUUCCAUUAAUGACGAACGUUUUAAAUGGAAACGUUAUGUGUUAUGCAUCUCAUUGGCUUACGUAAUGUUGAAGUAAAUACAAAAAUAAUUGUGCUGUUAGUAUUUUUUAUGUUAAGGCGCUAAAUAACUCACA